UGUGUUAACCAGUUAGCCUGUUAGCUUAUUAGCAGUUAGCUGACCGCUCUUAUGUGGACCAGGUUGGACCAGCUGCCCUAUAAGACAGAGGAUCUGGUCCAGAGGAUGCUGAGGGGGGUCCCUGCAGCCCGGAUCUCAGCUCAGGACGCCCUGAGGCACUCGUACUUCAGCACGCUGCCUGCCCCCAUUAUGCACCUCAGAGACACCGUGUCCAUUUUCAAGGUGCCCGGUGUCCGACUGGAGACGGAGGUCAGAGACGUCUUCAACCGGGGACAGAGGGUCAAACCCUCCCUGCUGUCCGCCGCCAAGUUCUGGUGAAAAAACUCGGACCUUCAACCGGACCAGACGACCGGAGGGGUGAACGGGGAUAGUACAGUCAGGGAAAACCUGGAAAAGUCAUAGAAUGUAAAAAGUCAUUGAAAAUUAAAUA